UGAAGACAGAAUCCUGACGUUUCUAGUCUUUCUGACCCGCGCGGGGAGCCGUAGUACGGAGGCCUGGCCUUGGUAGGCGCUAACGACGAGCCUCGUUGGUUGUUAAGAAAACAAUUUAUCAGAAAGGAGAUGGUUUUAAAUGAGAUGAACAAUGAUGGGAACGAUCAAGAAGACAACAAAUGCUUGGAGCCUGAUGUCAUCGCGAAAGGAAACAUACUUGAAAGUUUUACAGAGAGACAAGAAACACAGGAGUUGAUUAAUCAUCUUAGAUCGGUAUAUGAAGACCUGAUACUGCGAGAAAAAGUUCUUGAAAAAUUUAAAGUUAUAAUGGAUAAAUACCAGGAACAGCCUCAUCUUUUGGAUUCUCAUUUAGAAUGGAUGUUGAAUUUGUUGCUAGAUAUUAUCCGAUGUGAAGCAUCUCCUCCUCUUCUAAUUCAUCUGGCCUUUCAGUUUCUCUACAUUAUUUCAAAGGUACGAGGAUAUAAAACCUUCUUGCGAUUAUUUCCUCAUGAAGUAGCAGAUGUACAGCCUGUUCUCGAUAUGCUUGUAGCUCAGAAUCCAAAAGAAUAUGAGAUCUGGGAGACUCGUUACAUGCUCCUGUUGUGGUUAUCUGUAACAUGUUUGAUCCCAUUUGAUUUGGUACGGCUGGAUGGAAAUAUCUCUUCCAUAGAAGGAUGCUCUCGUGUAUCAACAAUGGAUCGAAUUCUGGCAGUAGCAAAAUCAUACCUUGUUGUAAGUGAUAAGUCUCGUGAUGCAGCUGCAGUCCUGGUCUCAAAGUUUAUUACCCGCCCUGAUGUCAGACAAAAAAGAAUGGCAGACUUCCUGGAUUGGACCCUUUCAACAUUAUCUAAAUCCUCUUUUCAGACCAUUGAGGGGACUAUUGUAAUGGAUGGCAUGCUUCAAGCCCUGGCACAACUUUUCAAACAUGGCAAAAGGGAAGAUUGUUUACCAUAUGCUUCUACCGUGCUUGAAUGUCUUGAUAACUGCAAGCUCUUUGAAAGUAACCACACGAUUCUUCGCAAGCUGGGAGUGAAACUUGUUCAGCGACUUGGUCUGACAUUUCUUAAGCCAAAGGUGGCAAAGUGGAGGUAUCAACGGGGAUUCCGAUCUUUAGCUGCAAAUCUACAGUUUUCUGGCGGAGGUCUCAUUCCUCAGAAAACAGAAAAUAUAUCAAUUGACACAGGAGAGGAGGAAGAAGAGGAAUACGAUAUUCCAGGAGAGGUUGAAAAUGUUAUAGAGCAGUUGUUGAUUGGAUUAAAAGACAAAGAUACUAUUGUGAGAUGGUCUGCAGCAAAAGGGAUUGGCAGGUUGACUGGAAGGCUGCCAAAAGAGUUAGCUGAUGAUGUUGUUGGGUCUGUAUUAGACUGCUUCAGUUUUCAGGAAACUGAUAAUGCAUGGCAUGGUGGAUGUUUGGCACUGGCAGAAUUGGGAAGAAGAGGCUUGUUACUUCCUUCCCGGCUAUCAGAUGUUGUUCCUGUGAUUUUGAAAGGACUAACUUACGAUGAAAAACGGGGAGCUUGCAGUGUUGGCUCCAAUGUACGGGAUUCUGCUUGCUAUGUAUGCUGGGCUUUUGCUCGUGCCUAUGACCCUUUAGAACUGAGGCCUUUUGUUAACCAGAUUGCAAGUGCCCUGAUUAUAGCUGCUAUAUUUGACCGUGAUGUUAACUGUAGAAGAGCAGCCUCUGCUGCUUUCCAGGAGAAUGUUGGUAGACAGGGAACGUUUCCACAUGGAAUUGACAUUGUGACUACAGCUGAUUAUUUUGCUGUUGGUAACAGAGCUAAUUGUUUUCUCAAUAUAAGUGUAUAUGUUGCUGGGUUUCCUGAGUAUACACAGCCAAUGAUCGAUCAUCUGAUUAACAUGAAGAUCAACCACUGGGAUAGUGUUAUUCGGGAGCUUUCAGCUGAAGCUCUGCAUAAUCUCACUCCUUUGGCUCCUGAAUAUAUUACCAAGGAAGUUUUACCAAAGCUGUUGCCUUUAGCAGUUGGUAUAGAUCUCCAUACUCGUCAUGGAGCAAUUCUAGCAUGUGCUGAGAUCACCUGUGCUUUGAGUCUUCUAGCAGAAGAAAAGAAGAGAUUGAUUUCAUUUUAUUUGGAUGAAAAAACUUUGGAAGGACUUAAGCAGAUUCAUCUGGAGCUUCGUCAACGUCAGUUGUAUAGAGGUUUAGGUGGAGAACUAAUGAGACCAGCUGUCUGCACUUUGAUUGAAAAGUUGUCACUUUCAAAACUGCCUUUUAGAAAAGAUCCCAUAAUUGAUGACUGGCAGUGGCUGAUAAAUGAUAGUUUACAAAGCCUUCAUCUUAUUUCAAGCAAUUCAAGACAGCAAGUAAAAGAGUCAGCAGUGUCUGCAUUAGCUGCUUUAUGUAAUGAAUAUUACUGCAAUGAAGAGGGAGGAGCAAAUCUAGCUGAGCAAGAUUUGCUGGUGCAAUACAUUUCAGGCCUUCAAAGCCAUGAAGAAAUGAUUCGUUGUGGUUUUUCACUAGCCUUGGGUGCCCUUCCGAAGUUUCUUCUAAAAGGCAGACUCCAGGAGGUUUUAGACGCUUUGAAAAAAGCCACUUCGAUUUCUGGAGGUGUGAGUUUUGCUGAAUCCAGAAGAGAUGGCCUGAAAGCGGUUGCAAAAAUUUGCUUGACUGUAGGGGUGAAUGGAGAAGGAUCACCAAAUGAAUUUGUGUGUAAAAGUAACGUUACAGAGAUAUACAACAUAUUGUUGGAUGGUCUGAAUGAUUACACAACAGACAGCCGAGGCGAUGUUGGAGCAUGGGUGAGAGAAGCUGCUAUGACGAGUUUGAUGGAAAUAACCCUGUUGUUAACCAGGACUGAGCCAGCCUUAAUUGAUGCAAACAUUUCCAAGCAGAUUAUGUGCUCUGUGGCUCAACAGUCAGCUGAAAAAAUUGACCGAUUUCGAGCUCAUGCCGGAUCUGUGUUCCUCACCCUUCUUUACUUUGAUAACCCUCCAGUCCCACACAUACCUCAUCGGGAAGACUUGGAGAGGAUAUUUCCAAGGUCAGAAGCUGUAACUUUCAAUUGGAAUGCUCCAUCCCAGGCCUUCCCUAGAGUCACACAGCUUUUGGGAUUAGCAUCCUAUCGCUACCACAUUCUGACAGGUCUCACUGUAUCAAUUGGAGGCUUAACUGAAUCAACGGUACGAUGCUCAUCCCAAAGCCUGUUCAGUUAUCUCAAGAGUAUUCAGGAUGACAGAGGUGCAAUGAACAGCUUUUGUGAGACUUUGCUGAAAGUCUUCGAGGACAAUCUACUGAAUGACAGAGUAUCUGUUCCACUGCUAAAGAUGUUGGAUCAGAUAUUGGCCAAUGGAUGCUUUGAUGUAUUUAUAACUGAAGAAAAAGCUUCUGGAGGGCCAGUACAACUAUGUGCCAAGCACUCAAGCCACCCGUUUCCUAUGAAGUUGCUCAGUCUUUGUAAAGAAGAAAGCAAGAGAUCUAAAGAUAUCCAGAAACUCCGUUCCAGCAUUGCUGUGUUUUGUGGCUUGGUUCAAUUUCCAGGUGACAUGAGAAAAAAAGUUCUGUUUCAGCUCUUCCUCCUUCUUUGCCAUCCAUUUCCUGUUAUAAGAAAAACAACUGCUAGUCAGGUUUAUGAGAUGCUGAUAACCUACAGUGAUAUUGCCGAACCUGACGUUUUAGAAAAUGCCAUGACAAUUCUGAGUGACACUAAUUGGGAUGCAGACUUGCCAUUUCUACGGAAGCAGCGAAAUUACCUCUGUGACUUAAUGAAAGUGCCCAAGCCCCAAUUAGUAGUGAAGAGCACAUAAUUGGAAAUCAAUAAAUAUUGAAAAUUACAGUGCUUUGAAUCCAUAGACGCAAAGGAGCAGGCACUUUUUCAACAACUUGGGAAAAAGUAUUUACUGAUCAAGCUAAAAAGAAAAGGC